UGUGACAACAGAAAUUAUUGCUCGAGGAUUGAUCAGCAUUAAACAGAUAUAUACAAAGAUGCAGCUUAUAAGAGAUUAAUAUCAGAAUAUCAAAAAUGGGACUUGAUAAACAUCCAAUAUUAUUUAAAUCAUUAAGAUUAUUAACAAUUGUAGUUACAUUAGCUAUUAUAGCACUAGAAAUAACAGAGCAUAAGAAAUUAUCAUUAUUUACGCAAAAUUCCGGAAUAUCAAUAGAAGAUUAUCAAAGUAUAAAGUCGAAUUUAUUUGGUAUAAAAAUAUUUUUUUAUAUUGUAAUAAUAAUUACAACCAUUGUUAAAGGUAUACAAUUUUUUAAGUUUAAUACUUUAUGGAGAGAAGGGCCGUUUGUUAGAGAUAUUGUAUUUGGAAUGUUAGUAAAAUCAUAAUAUAUUUAAUUUUUUAUUAUUCAAAUUCUUAUUACAUAAUUUUUCUUACAAUAGUGGUUUUUCACUUCUAUGGAUAGUUGCAGGUAUACUCAUUUUAUUUUCAAUUAA